AUGACCGUGACCAUGCAAAAUCAUCGUCUUCCUGCUGCUGUUGCUGCAACCACCCCACUGUCAGCCAGCAGCAAGCACACUGUCGCCUUCACCACGCCUCCAAACUACGCAGCUCGCCUCUCUCACCUCCUCACCCUCAAGGGCUACAUUCCUCUUUGGUGCCCCACUGUUCUCGUCCAUCCGACUCCACACAUACUUCUUCCUUACCUAUCUCCUCCCUUCCUCCAACCGUUCUCCGCCCUUGCCUUCACGUCACGUACCGCUAUCCACUCGUUCUCCGAAGCCGCCGCCGCAGCCCGUCUCAACCACCCUCUCCUUUCCUCUCAAGGCGACACCUUUCUCAUCGCCGCUCUGGGCAAAGACGCGGAGCUCAUCGACAGUGACGUCCUAGCGAAGUUCUGCCACGAACCCAAUCGGAUUAGAGUUUUGGUCCCUCCGACCGCGACACCUAGAGGUCUGGUGGAAUCGCUUGGGGAAGGGAACGGUCGGAAGAUUCUGUGUCUGGUCCCCCUCGUGGUGGGUCUGGAAGAGCCUUCCGUGGUCCCUGACUUUCUCCGGGACCUGGAGGCAAAUGGGUGGGCUCCGGUCAGGGUAAACGCUUACGAGACGCGCUGGGCGGGGCCGGAGUGCGCGAGGGAGGUGGUGGAGAGGUGCGAGAGUGGGGCAUUGAGUGCGCUCGUGUUCACGAGCACGGCCGAGGUGGAGGGUAUGCUGAAGAGCCUGAGGGAGUUUGGUUGGACGAACUUGGGAGAACUGGUGAGGGAAAGAUGUCCGGAGAUGGUGGUGGCGGCGCACGGACCCGUCACGGCGGCAGGGGCGGAGCGGUUGGGGGUGAAGGUUGAUGUGGUGAGCUCCAGGUUUGACAGUUUUGAUGGUGUUGUUGAUGCUCUUGGAUUGAGAUAA